GCGAGGGAAAGAAAAAAAAAUGAACGAGUAACCGAAAAGUCAAAAAACUAGGUUUUUUAUUUUUCUUUUAAAUUCCGAAAAACAAAUUGGUGUUGCCUCCAACCUGAGAAGAGAAGAAGCUCCGAAAAUCGAAGUCCUCUGUUUGAAUGGAAGAAGUGAAAACAGCGAUGGCACCUCCUCCAUCCAGGAAGAGGCCACUUGAAUCAACCGUCCACUCCAAUUACUUCAACCUUCGUGCUGUUAUUCGAGACCUUCGUCCUCGCUUUCUCCAGGUUCUCCGAACUCCUGACUUCAAAAAUUGCAAGGCAUCCCAAGAAAUUCGAGAACAGAUGAAGACAGUGAUCAAAUUAUACGAUAAUAUGAAAGCUGAUGCGGUUUCACUCGCAAAGUCCAAGAAUGUGCAAGAUGGCCAGAUGAAGGCUGGGCAGCUUCAACGUGUCAAGUCCCCAGAACAGAGUCAAGUAGAGAAAUCAUCUGCACGGCCAUCGGAAAUUAAGCUUACUCCGCCGGUUCCUGGGUUUCAGAAGCAAGUGGUUGAAGAUGGUCAAACACAAGGGACAUAUGUAGUUGGAGGAUCAGCUUUUGGCUGGAAUUUCAUCACCUUUUCAGGCAAGGAAUCUGUCUAUUAUGGUAGGACAAAGGAACAAUUUCGAUCAGGAAAAGUGACCGAGUAAUCCUAUGGAGAGCUUGAAAGUUGAAACCCCUAUUCUGGGUAGAACUAUACUGUAUAAGUGGUUUUUAUAAACAUUUUUUUUAUGAUUAACUUAUUUUUAUAUACCAACAGAUUUGGAACAUGUCAGUAAUAGUUUUGCUACUGAUUGGAUUUCCAUCAUUGAAACCAAAUUUACUCAAAGAGGGAAAUUAUGCAUCUUAUGUUAUUUAUGUUAAUCCUUUACCAUGCCUGCUUCGUGAG